AUGUAUCUGUUGCUGGUGCGCUAUCUGCCAAAAUGGAUGCAAAGACGUAAACCCUUCCAAAUGAAACCUUUGAUGUUGCUCUAUAAUUUUUUGAUGGCUUUACUGAAUGCGCACAUCUGCAAGGAGCUUCUAUUCAAUGGCAUACGCUCCAAGUAUAAUUUCUGGUGUCAGUCAAGCCGCGAGCUGUACACGAAAGAAGAAUUUAGGAUUGCUGCUGCUGUUUGGUGGUUUUAUUUCUCUAAAUUGCUGGAAUUUGCCGAUACGAUUUUCUUCAUUUUACGCAAAAAGCGGAAGCAGUUAACCUUUCUACACGUCUAUCAUCAUGGCACUAUGUUUCCAUUGUGGUGGAUCGCUAUAAAGUGGGUGCCCACCGGAUCGACAAUUAUACCAUCCGUAACGAAUUCAUUCAUACAUGUCAUUAUGUACAGCUACUAUGGACUAAGCGCUUUGGGGCCUAGCGUUCAAAAAUUUCUCUGGUGGAAGAAAUACCUUACUGCAUUGCAAUUGAUACAAUUUGUGUUCGGUGCCUGUUGGUCUGCUCAAGCUAUUAUAAGAGGCUGCGAUUUUCCCACUUGGAUCAAUGUUACGACCAUCGUUUAUAUGGCAUCUUUGCUAUUCCUCUUCGGACAAUUUUAUGUGAAAACAUAUCAAACAAACAAAAUUAAAGAUAAAUAAUUAAAUUUCUAAGUCACCGCUUGUUCU